AUGGUAGACAGGGAUCCAGGUUCACCUACCUGGAAGUUCACGCAAUGCUUUGGUGACAAAGGAGACGUAGAGGAUAUCACGGAAGCGGAUAUCAUUUCGACCGUCGAGUUUGAUCAUACCGGAAACUACCUGGCUACGGGAGACAAGGGAGGACGUGUUGUGUUGUUUGAGAGGAACGAAACGAAAAAAACAUGCGAGUACAAGUUCCACACCGAGUUUCAAUCGCACGAGCCGGAAUUCGACUACCUAAAAUCCUUGGAAAUCGAAGAGAAGAUCAACAAAAUCAAGUGGUGUAGACGGCAAAAUGCAUCCCACUUCCUCCUCUCGACUAACGAUAAGACGAUAAAGCUGUGGAAAGUGUUUGACAAGUCACUGAAGGUUGUUGCAGAGAACAACCUCUCGAGCGAGCUGACCCCUGCGGGUGUCGGCGGUGGAGGGGCUCCCCGUGCGCCCCGUGUAUCAUUCAAGGACCCGUCUUUGCUGAAGCUUCCGCGGAUGACGCACCACGACACUGUUGUAGCUGCCGUCCCCCGAAGAACGUACGCGAACGCACACGCAUACCACAUCAACAGCAUCUCUGUCAACAGCGAUGGCGAAACCUUCAUAAGUAGUGAUGAUCUCCGAAUCAACCUAUGGAACCUUAAUAUUCAGGAUCAGAGUUUCAACAUUGUGGACAUCAAGCCUGCAAACAUGGAGGAGCUCACGGAGGUCAUCACGGCGGCCGAAUUCCACCCGCAAAGUUGCAACUGGUUCAUGUAUGCCAGUUCCAAGGGCACAAUCAAGCUAGCCGAUAUGCGGCAGCGGGCAUUGUGCGAUGAGCAUUCCAAGCUCUUCGAGCAAGAAGAAGAUGCCUCCUCCCGUUCCUUCUUUUCCGAGAUCAUAUCCUCCAUCUCCGACGUACGGUUCUCAACCGACGGUCGCUAUAUUGUGUCGCGAGAUUACCUGACCGUCAAGAUUUGGGAUGUCAACAUGGAGAGACAGCCCGUGAAGACGAUCCCGAUCCACGAGCACCUGCGGCCACGUUUGUGCGACACCUACGAAAAUGACAGCAUCUUCGAUAAAUUUGAAGUUGUCUUCUCGGGCGACGCGGAGAAUGUGAUGACGGGAAGCUACAACAACAACUUCAUGAUCUACCCGACCGACGCCAGCAAGGAGACGGAGAUCGUGCUGCAGGCCGACAAGUCUGCUUUCAAGGCGAAGAAGGUUGGCGUCCCCACGCCGAUGAACAAGGGUGCCAACGGAAAGAAGAACGGGUCUAGGGCCGGUAGCCCUGCGGGUCCUGGCAGUCGGAUGAAGAAGGAGACGGAUGCGGAUCAGAUCGAUUUUAACAAGAAGAUUCUGCACAUGAGCUGGCAUCCUUAUGAGGAUAGCAUUGCCAUUGCUGCUACCAAUAACCUGUUUGUCUUUUCCGCAUUGUAAGUAUGUGACAAGGUGGCCAUAAUCAUUAAUGGACAGGCACGUCCGUAUGUGAAUCAAAGAUGGGACAGAUAUGAGACAAAUAAGGUUGCUAGCAGCAGCAUCGCAAAUCCAAAAUUAAGUUGCCAGUUCCAGUCGAGCUCUCUUUUUGCCCCGUUCUGUUGGAGUUUGGCCGUGCAAUCAAUUCUUCGUGCGCCUUCCAUUUUUUUUUUUUUUUUUCGCUUAGCCCUUCUUCUGUUUUACGUCCGCUCGGAUGCGGGAUCCGGUCGACCC